UGUUUAUCUCCAUAGAACUUGAGAAAUCACAGUAACCUUUAACAAUUCAUUUUAUAAGAAAAAGAUGGGCAAGCGAGCAGCUUCCUUUUGUCUCCUCUCAUCAUGUGUCGUCGUCUUGUGCUUGAGUUCAGUCUCAGCAGUCACAGAUGAUUGUCAACAUAAACAAGUGUAUGUUGUCUACAUGGGUUCACUUCCGUCUCGGCUGGAAUACACACCAAUGUCGCAUCACAUGAGUAUUCUUCAAGAGGUCACUGGAGAAAGUUCGAUCGAAGGUCGGUUGGUGAGAAGUUACAAGAGGAGUUUCAACGGGUUCGCGGCCCGACUCACUCAUUCAGAACGAGAAAGAAUAGCAAAAAUGGAAGGAGUUGUUUCUGUGUUCCUGAGCAAGAAGUUACAAAUCCAUACGACUCUGUCUUGGGAUUUCAUGGGGUUAAGGGAAGGGAAGAAGACAAAGCGAAACUUGGCUGUAGAAAGUGAUACUAUCAUCGGCGUCCUCGACACUGGACUUUGGCAGGAAUCGGAGAGCUUCUCCGACAAAGGUUUUGGUCCUCCUCCAAAGAAAUGGCAAGGUGUUUGUUCCGGCGGUAAAAACUUCACUUGCAACAACAAGUUGAUCGGAGCUAGAGAUUACACAAUGGAAGGCACUAGGGACACCCAAGGCCACGGUACACACACAGCUUCCACUGCGGCUGGAAACGCAGUCGCGAACACAAGCUUCUUUGGAAUCGGCAAAGGAGCAGCAAGAGGCGGCGUUCCAGCCUCUAGAAUCGCUGCUUACAAAGUCUGCGCCAAGGACGGAUGUACCUCGGAAGCUAUACUGUCUGCGUUCGAUGACGCGAUAGCAGACGGUGUUGACCUCAUCAGCAUCUCCAUCGGGGGAGACGAAGGGGCCUCCAGGUACGAAGAUGACACCCUUUCAAUCGGGGCUUUCCACGCUAUGACCAAAAGGAUUCUCACUGUUCAAUCGGCUGGUAACGAUGGUCCGGAUCCGGCCACAGUCGCGAGUGUAGCACCAUGGAUUUUAACCGUUGCAGCCAGCACCACGAACCGUGCGUUCGUCACCAAAGUUGUUCUCAGAAACGGAAGCACUCUUGUCGGGAAAUCUGUGAACUCUUUUGAUCUGAAAGGAAAGAAUUACCCACUUAUGUAUGGAGAUUCUGUCGGAGAAAAGAGUAAGGGAAAUAUCUUGGUGAGCGGAUAUUCAGUUGGUUCAGAAAAAGCUACAAUGGAGUUGUCCGACGAAGACACUAGCGAUGUCCGGCUUUGGUUCGGAAAAGAAGACGAGUUGUAUGGUAGGUCGAGAAGACGAGUAGUUACCUAA